AGGGCGCGACAGCGCGUGCUCUCCUCGCGCAGGUAGACUAGACGAGUCCAACCAGGAAGUGUUUACGCGAACAUGACAAACGCAACUUGCAGGCUUUAAACAUGUCAAAGGAAAUCCGAUAUUGUGAGAGGUUCUCUUACAUCUUCCUCAAGUUCUUUUUAGUCGUAUAUGCAACGCUUUUCUGGUUGAUAGGAGCCCUUGUUUUGGCCAUCGGCAUUUAUGCAGAAGUGGAAAGGCAACGCUACAAAACCCUGGAGGGGGCGUUUCUGGCUCCUGCUAUUAUUCUUAUUGUCUUGGGUGUGAUUAUGUUCAUCGUCUCCUUUAUUGGGAUCCUGGCAUCUCUAAGAGACAAUUUGAGCCUUCUCAAAGUGUUCCUUUAUACUCUGGGAAUUUGUCUCAUUUUGGAACUUGUCGGUGGGAUUGUUGCUCUGAUGUUUAGGAAUCAGACAGUGGACCUUCUCAACAAAAACAUCCGCAAAGGCAUGGUGAAUUAUUACGAUGACCUUGAUUUCAAAAACAUAAUGGAUUAUUUUCAAGAAACGUUCAAAUGUUGUGGAGGAAAUGAGUACAAGGACUGGGAAGUCAACAUGUAUCAUAACUGCACUGCUCCGGGACCAUUAGCCUGUGGAGUUCCUUAUACUUGCUGUAUCAACAACAAGCCUUCUGAAGUUGUUAAUACGAUGUGUGGAUACAAGGUCUUAAACGCAGAGAGACUAGAUAAUAUAGAUAUCAUCUACAUACGAGGUUGCACCGAUGCAGUCUUCCUUUGGUUAAUGGACAACUACAAAAUAAUGGCUGGACUUCUUCUGGGGAUCUUACUGCCUCAGUUUUUUGGUGUGAUCUGUACCUGGCUGUACAUCACUCGUGUUGAAGAUGCCAUUGAGGAGUACGGAAACUACACUGAUGGUCUUCUGCGUAGUGUACCCCAGGAUACCAAGGGGCAAAGCAGGCUGGCGAAAUGCUGCAAGUGCAUGCCUCUGAUUGAUUAAACCUCCUGAAAGAAUGCCUUAAAUGAGGAGAAAUAUACUGGAAGUAGCGCCAGCUGUGGAAGAAAUUAUAGCUCUGUGAGAUACAACAGCGCUGUUACUGUUCUACACUGGUACAAGCAAGUUAUAUUUGUACUUUUAAAAGAUAUGCCUGCGAUUAUCGUUUCAUAAUGUAAAAAUGGGUGGUACAAAAUGUGAACCGGUCAAAAUUACUGUGAUAGAGUUGCCUUGCUUCUUUCUCUCAGGAUUAUUCUGCUAUGUCAGGCCUUAAUUACACUAAUGAUGCAUUUUAAUGUGUCUUGAUCAUUAAACUAUAUGCCGACUCUGAUUACAGUCCGAGUAAGAAUAUCAAUACACAGUUUUGCAUUGCUUGAGAUAACCGCAAACUGUAAAUCUUCAAAUCCUGAAGGACUGCCGCCACAUUCAUCCCAAUAAGACUGCUGUUUCUUUAUUGUUAGUACAUGUUGUCUAUGAUGAGUAAUAUAAUAAAUUAAAUAAAUUCUGACCAUAAACCACUUCGAAACUGAAAGGGUUGGGAAUAAUUUUUUAUCUAUCCAUAUCCUAAAAUAUCGUGGUGACCAUUAUUACCUCAGAUUGUCUACAGUUUAUAUUGAACCUUUACCUGAAACAGGGUCAAUUAUUUAUAAGGAAACUCUUCAUUUUGCGCUUUUGUUUUCCGUGUGAAUUUUUAUUGCGUAUAGUAGUAUACAUUUGAAUAUUAUUACAGUUCCAGGCCUUUCUCAAUCAGUACAUUUAACUUACAGAAGUGCAGGUGUCUAUCUUUUGUGUUUUAAAGUGUCUUAAAUCUCAAAGUUAUUCUGGGUGACAAUAUGGUGAUGGUUAUGUUUCUACAUUGUCUGCUACCUAUUUUGCUUUUUUUAUGUGGAAAAAGACAAGAAAAUCAUACUUAACUCUAAGAUGUUUCAUAGUACUGUAAAUGCAUGAGACUUUAGCUUUAUGUCAUUAAAUAACAGGAAUAUCGAUUUCAUAUUUAUUUAAAAAUGAUUUAUUUGAUUUUGUUUUAUUUUAAUAAAAUGUUAUAUUUUAGAUUCAACACUAGUUGUAUGCAGUAUGCACUAAAUAUUGAAUUAUGAUAUUUCUGACAGUUUGGAGGCCUUAACAUUUUUCUUGGUUUUUGAAGUGCUCCAGUGUUGUUCAUGAUUCCUGUGUGUUUGUGUUUACCUCACUGUUAAAGUCUGUAGCCCUGCUGAAUGAAUAAAUUAUGUUUGGAGAGUCA